CGUUGGUUGUAGUUGAGGACGGUGAGUUAUUGACUUGUAAGGAUUAAAACAAGAGAGAGAAGAGACAAUAGAUACGCUUCUGGAUAUGGAUUUGGAGCACCCGGACAGUAACGAAGAAAAAUACAGCUAAAGUAAAGAGAAAAGGCAGCUACAAAUUAUAUUCUUUCUUCUAGGGAUUUUUCUAGUUUUCCUUCACUUCAGACCCCAGGAAAAUGGUGAAAAAGAAGAAAAAUAGCAACACCGACAGUGACGAAGACGAUGAAAUCUUCUACUACCGCUACGCCUCCACGGCCGCCCCCAACGUCGCCUCGUCAUCAUCUUCAGAACCCACAUCCAAUGGACCCCACAAGAAAUCCAAGGGCUCAAAAAGCUUAGCCCCUUCCAAAUCAACGGUCUACGUUUCGAACCUUGACUACUCCCUCACGAACUCCGACCUCCAUACGCUCUUCUCAACCUUCGGAAAGAUCGCUCGCGUCACCGUCCUCAAAGACCCCGCCACGCGCAAGUCACGUGGCGUCGCCUUCAUUCAGUUCGUCAACAUUCCCGAUGCGCAGACCGCAGCGCGUGCGAUGCACAGGAAGAUCCUCAACGGUCGUACGGUCACGGCGAGCAUCGCAACGGACAACGGGCGCGCGGCAUCGUUCAUAAAGAAGAGGGUUUAUAAAGACAAGUCGAGGUGCUAUGAGUGUGGGGUGGAGGGGCAUUUGAGUUACGAGUGCCCGAAGAAUCAGUUGGGGCCCAGAGAGCGGCCAGAGCCGAAGAAAGUGCGGCGGAAAUUCGACGUGGAGGAUGAGAACGAGAACGAGAACGAGAGUGCAAUAGGUUUUGAUGAUGGGAAUUGGGCUUCGGUUGUGGACGAUGGAGCUCAAGAAAGGUUGAUUAUGGGAGAGGAAGAGACUGAAGAGAAGAAGAAAAAAAUAAAGAGAGUGAGUUAUUUUAGUGAUGAGAGUGGUGAAGAUGAUUGAUUUGAGAAAUCAAUAACAGAUUAUCUACACAUAUUGCCGAGAAUUUAAGAUGAAGGAUUUGGAAUCCGAAUUGUGUUGAGAACUGUGGUAGGUUUUGUUCUUGCUGUGCUAAUGUUAUGAACAUAUAAGUUCUUAGUUCUGUCGUGUAGACAUCACCUCAAUAUGAAUAGAUCCUUGUACAUUGUUUUAGGGAAGAGAAUAUAUUUACAGCGAAAAGAAAAUUUACUUUUGUAGUUUUUGCUUGUCAA